CGGUGGAUUUCCUCUCAAACUUUGGGGAAACUACCCGUUUUCUCGUCGUUCAGUUAGCCAGCUGCGCACAGACUUUGUGCCGCUUCGUUAUCCAUCAUGCUGCAGUUUCUGGCUGGUUUCACUUUGGGAAUGUUGUUGGGAUGUACCUCGCUCAAAAACUAUGAUGUUCCCAACAUAGCCAAGAAAAUUGAAGCUUUUAAGAAGACGUUGGAGGCCAAGAAGAAGCCCCCAGAGUGAGCAGAACGGGACCAUGCUGCAAGCAGCGGCAGACUGUGUGCAGAGGAACUAUUUAUUUUGCAGGGUUAUGGUGAAAUGCGUGUACAUUGAUAAGAGUCGAUUGUGUAUGAAAUAUAAACAGUGCCUGGAACAGUAUUUGUUUCCUCUCUUAGUUUUAUGGCGUGCUCCCAUUG